CACGAAAGAGUGCAUACUGCGUACAGAAGACAAAUACAGCCUUCUAACGCACAAGGUAUAUUAACUUGAGUAUACUACUAUUUUACGCACGGUGCAACUGUCCAUUUUAUGUUCGUUGAAUGUCAGUACAGAUCACAAAACGGCCUCGAUUAGAGUAUGAACAUCCACCAAUUAAAAUCAACUCUGGUGUGAGCAUAGAACAAGAGAAGCAAUCGAAAGGUAAUGCACAGAUGUCUCUCAACGUGGCAUUCGUAGGCGGCAGUAAGGCGGGCUUGCCAGCGGUGAAGGAUUGCUGUUCACUGAUGAUUCAGACAGGUGAUCAUGCCGAUUCCGAUAGAUGGGGUGCGCUGGAGGAUAUGCCACAGCUAGCUUACGAGCGUACCUACCACAGUGCUGGGAUAGCAGGCGAGUGCAUAGUUGCAUGUGGUGGGUACAAACGCUUUCCGGAGAAGAUGCUUUGCAAAGCCGAGAUGCUGCGCCCUGGAGACUCUACGUGGUUGCCAAUCGCUGACUUGCCAGAGAACCGCUGUGGACAUGGCGCGGGACACCUCAACAACCAAUACGUCGCCGUCAGUGGUUACGGAUGCAAAAACUCACUGCAGUACAGUGCCAAGACAGACGAAUGGCUCCCGCUACCGGCCCUAAAAUCAGAACGGUACCGUGUAGGUGUGGCUAGUGUAGGUGACCAUACGUUGUAUGCCAUAGGGGGGUGGUGCGCUGAGAUAGGGUCCGUACAGAGUACGGCCCUGCUGGACAGCCGGACGGACAGUUGGACGAAGGUCGCCGCUAUGGAGACAGCGAGGCAUGGCUUUGCAACCGCAUACUGUGAUAGGUCGCAGCAAAUCUACACCAUCGGCGGUGUGCUUGGCACUGGGGCAACUUCGGAUGCGGUGGAGAGAUACGAUAUAAGAGCAGACACAUGGGAGACACUCCCCUCAUUACCUGAGGGAAUCAAUGGGGCUCUGGCAGUUAGUAUAUAUAAGUCGGGCGCAACUGGCGCUGAUGUUUAUGUGUUUGGUGGUGCCAAACAAGACAAGACCAUAAUGGAGGAGGUGCGCGUGUACGACUCAACGACCAAUGAGUGGGGCAGUACGAAGGGUCCCGCUGACCUUGCCGCUUGCAAGAAUUCGCAGUUGGUGAUCUUAGCCAAGUAGCUGACUGUGUUGAGCCCCCCAAACAGCACAGUGUGUGUACCUCAGAGGAGUGUGUACUUUCGUGAGCACCGCAGAUGUAGCAAUGGUUUAUAGCUCGGCUAUGAAUGCUUCCAGAUUGUAGUACGAGGCCAUUCCAUUGACUUGAUCUAGCGCCUCAACCAGGUCACACGCGUACACAAUCUUCAGUUGUGCUCUCCCUUGCUGUUCGGAUAAUCAUCCACUGCACGACCAAAAGGGAGUCGCUAAGCAGAUCUCUGACACACAGAUGGUACGCCACAAAUUUAGUAAUGGUUCAUGCCUAAGCAAGUGGACAGGUACAUAGAAUGCCAGACACGCCACUGCUUCUCGUGCAUCGAAUAAAGAGAACUCGUAGUUGACACUAGCACCCUAGAGACUG